GCUGGCAAACCCUGCCAGGGAAGGGACCUUUUCUCAGCCUCAUUCAUUCAAGCCCGAUCCAGGCAACCAGCAGCUGUCCAGAGUGAGCGGUUGCCUCUUGGUUGUCAGCCGUGGAGACCUGGCUUCAGGCUUGCUUCUUCCCCUCCCACGUCGGUCCCCAGAAUUUCAGAGGAAGACUUUCUGGCAGGUGGACACAGAUUUAGCCUGGAUGGAUGGAUGGAUGUCUAAUCUUGGCUGAAUUUCUGCAGCGUUCUUGGAUGUUGUAACCUGAAGAGUGGAAAGAUGUCCUCCAUGUUUAGCAAACCUCGAGCUGUCUCUUGGGCCAGCGAACGCCACCCGCCAAACCUUCUGCAGGAAUGCAACGUGGCCAUCCUGGGCUGUCAAGGAGCUGGCAAAUCAGCGCUAACGGUGAAGUUUCUUACCAAGAGGUUUAUAAGCGAAUACGAUCCUAAUCUGGAAGAUACCUACGCUUCAGAAGAGAUAGUAGACCAACAGCCUGUCUUGCUCAAAGUGAUGGAUACAGCGGAUCAGGACAUACCAGUGGGCUGUGAGAGGUAUCUGAACUGGGCCCAUGCCUUUCUAGUAGUCUACAGCAUUGAAAACCGGAAGAGCUUUGAAGGAUCACAGCAGUACCUGGACCUCAUUGCUCUCCACUUGAAGAACACCUUCCAUGAAUCUCCCGUUCUCCUGAUAGGGAACAAGCUGGAUAUGGAACAGUACAGACAGGUCACCAAAGCUGAAGGAAUAUCUCUUGCCACCAAGUACGGCUCCUCCUUCCAUGAAGUCUCGGCAUGCCUGGAUUUCGAAUCCGUGCAGCACAUUUUCCACGAGGCAGUACGGGAAGUGAGGCGAGAGACGGACAGUCCUCUGGCAGUCCGGCCCUUGUUUAUCAUUGAAGAGAAGCCCUCAGCUCACCUGGUCCCAACCGCCACCAUUGCCUCCACCUACAACUCACUCUCCACUGUCAACUACAAAGAGGUCCCUUCCGUUGCCCAAGCGAAGCUGGUCACGGUCAAAUCCUCAAGAGCUCAAAGCAAGAGGAAAGCUCCAGCCUUGACUUUGCUGAAGGGGUUUAAGAUAUUCUAAGCAGGGGUUCUGCGAGGCGGUUCCAAGGUAGAACGUGGAACAACCACCGUUGUUGGGAUGGGUUCUUGAAUCCCCAAGCAAAGAUGAGACCAUUUUGAAUAUUCCAUCUCUUGGCCUUUUCCAGAGCCCAAGUGGCCUUCUCAGAAUGCAACAAAGCAUUUUGGGAAAAGGCUACGAAUUGACAGUGGACAAACUAUGGAUGAAGCCACCAGGUGGGCAAGGUGGUUCUAAACUUUUUUGGAGGGGUCAUAAACAU